GUGCACACACACACGCACACACACACAGGCACACACACUGCAUGGGCUCCAACAUACUCUGUUGAUGAUCGAAUCCCUCUUCAGCACGAAUAUCAUUAUAGGCUGGGCAUUCCAAUAACACGUGUUUUUCAUCCUCAAUUCGGAUAUUAGGACCCAACAGUGGGAAAACCGNUUGCCCCUGGGGACAUGGUACUUGCCCCCUUCGGGCUCUGUUCGGCUCCAAAGCCCAGCAACAUAAACGAAAUUGCAUUAGCUUACGAUGUGCUAAACGAGGAAUGAAACCCUUAGCAUGUGUUGGCCACAUGACGGCUGCGGCUCCCGAAAAGGGCAGCCCCAUCCAGUGCUUAUACUUCGCCAUUUGCACUCCCGGUUGCUUCCCAUCUGAUGGGUACUCCUCUGGCAAGACAGUCAGACGCGUAUGGUCCCAGCCGCUCAUCAAACGCUCUCUUAGUGCCGUUAUUAUCGCUCCUUCUGGUAGAGGUCUACUCAACAACCAGUCAACACGCUCCUUUACCCCCACGACUUCUUGCGGUAUUCCGCUCCAAAUGUUGCACUCCAAGAAGGAAAACAGUCGUAACAUUGAGAUUCCCCAACCCUCCCAU